AUGGCUUCGACCGGCAAGAAGGACAAUAUGCUCUGGGGAGGCCGCUUCACUGGCGGCCUCGACCCUCUUAUGGAGCAGUACAACGAGUCUCUAUCCUUCGACAAUGUCCUCCAUAAGCAGGAUAUCCUGGGUUCUAUAGCUUUUGCCCGCGCCAACACGAAAGCUGGCCGCCUCACCCAGGCCGAGUUUGAGAAGAUCGAGGCCGGCUUGCUGCAGGUCGAGCAGGAGUGGGAGAAUGGCACCUUCAAGAGCAUCCCCGGCGCAGACGAGGACAUUCACACCGCCAACGAGCGCCGGCUAGGCGAGAUUAUCGGCAAGGAUAUCGCGGGCAAGCUGCAUACCGGCCGGAGUCGUAACGAGCAGAUUGCUACCGACAUGCGCCUGUGGCUGCGGGACGAGCUGGACAAGCUGGAGGACUACCUAGUCAGCUUCCUCAAGGUUGUCGCGAGGAGGGCGGAGAUGGAAGUGGACUACGUCAUGCCAGGAUACACGCAUCUGCAGCGCGCCCAGCCGAUCCGCUGGAGCCACUGGAUGCUGAGCUAUGGCUUCGCGUUUGCCAACGACCUCGAGAGGCUGCGCGAGAUCCGGAAGCGCGUCAACAGGAGUCCGCUGGGCUGUGGCGCGCUGGCAGGCAACCCCUUUGGCAUCGACAGGGAGAUGAUGUCGAAAGAGCUGGGCUUCGAUCAGCUCCUGUGGAACUCGAUGGGCGCUGUCGCCGACCGCGACUUUGUCCUCGAGACCCUGCAGUGGGGUAGCUUUCUUAUGCAGCACAUUAGUCGGUGGGCCGAGGACCUGAUCAUCUACUCCAGCGCCGAGUUUGGCUUUGUGCGGCUGGCAGAUGCCUACUCGACAGGCAGCUCGCUCAUGCCGCAGAAGAAGAACCCGGACAGCCUCGAGCUGCUGCGCGGCAAGAGCGGCCGUGCGUUUGGCCACAUGGCAGGCUUCAUGAUGACCCUGAAGGGUCUGCCCAGCACCUACAACAAGGAUCUGCAGGAGUCGGUAGAGCCCAUGCUGGACCACGUCAAGACGGUGGGCGACAGCAUCCAAAUCGCCGAGGGGGUGCUGUCUACACUGGAUACACAGCCCGAGAAGAUGAAGGCGGCGCUUGACCCCUUCAUGCUCGCAACCGAUGUAGCAGACUAUCUGGUGCGCAAGGGUGUGCCAUUCCGAGAGACACAUCACAUCUCCGGGCGGGUGGUCGCCCUGUCUGAGAAGACUGGUACGCCCAUGAACGAGUUGACCUACGAGCAAAUGAAAGGCGUGGACGAGAGGUUUGAUGAGGACAUCAAGGAGACAUUUGACUACGAGAAGAGCGUGGAGAUGCGGUCAGCCAAGGGAGGCACCAGCAAGGCGUGCGUGUUGGAGCAAGUCAAGGUACUCAACGGUAUGAUUGCAUAA